AUGCAGCUAAUGUCUGAAUUAUAUGGAUCUAGGCAACUAGUACCAUAUGAAGAUAAAGAUGUGCACAACUUCCGCUCAACACUACGUACAACUGAAAAGUAUAAAGAUAUGCAAGAAACGUUGGAAUAUUUUGAAGAAUUGAAGCAACAUGACCCAGAUUUUUUUUACAAGUUUAAGUUGGAAGAUGAUUACAGGCUUCAGAACCUAUUCUGGAUAGAUUGUGCAGCAAGGAGGGCGUAUGAAACAUAUCGUGAGUGUGUAUCUUUUGAUACAACAUAUAUGACAAACAUGUAUGAUAUGCCCUUUGCACCCUUCAUUGGGAUAAACAGACAUGGUCAAUCAUUCCAGCUAGGUUGUGCGUUCCUAAGAGAUGAAAAGACACCAAGCUUUAUCUGGCUUUUUCAAACAUUCUUGGAAGCAAUGAAAGAGAAAGCUCCAUUGAAUAUUAUUACUGAUCAAGAUGGUGCUAUGAGAAGUGCAAUUGAACAUGUGUUCCCACUUGCAAAUCAUAGGAACUGUCGAUGGCACAUAAUGAAUAAAGCAGCGGGUACUGUAGGUCCUUUACUUAAGGAAGAUAAAGAGUUGCAGGAUGAAUUCAAGGACUGUAUAAACUACAGUGUCAUGCCAAAAGAGUUUGAGGCAAAGUGGCAAGCUAUGAUUCAAAAGCAUGGGUUGCAGGACAACAAGCAUUUUGGGAAUUUCCCAAACUUAUCAAUACUGGACUUUGUCAAGCAAUACCAGAAGAUUCAAGAUAAGUGGCUUGUUGCUCAAGAUGGGCAGGACUUCAAAACCGAUGAUAAGACUCGAAACACAUGGUCGAAGAACCCUAUUGAGAAGCAUGCCUCAACUGUGUACACGAAGAACAUAUUCUAUAGAUUCUCAAAAGAAUUUGAAAAGAUCGAAGAGUAUUUUGUGCAGCAUAUAGGUGACUACCAGUUCAGGCUUGUGCCAAAUGACAAGUUUGUUGAUGGCUAUGGCGCUAGGUCAUAUGAUGUGACAGCAAUUGAAGAAGAAGAAAGCUACUAUUGCGAGUGCAGCAAGUUUGAUAGGGAUGGCAUAAUUUGCUGUCACAUCAUCAAGGUUAUGAGCAGAUUUGGUGUCAAGAAGCUGCCUGACCGAUACAUAAUGGGAAGGUGGAAGCAACAAGAAAUGACUAACCAAAAGACAAUAAGAAUCAGCAAUCUUGCCUCCACGCUCACAAAGUUUGCUCGCGAGGGAUCAAACUCAGAAGAUGCUUAUGAAAUUGUUACAAAGCACAUUGGAAUGAUGCGAUCUAAACUUGAAGAUCUAAAGAAGAAGAAGAAGAAAAGGACACGGUGUAAUGAGAUAUCAGCUAAUACUUCUGCUGGUGCUCUCAAUAAUCCCAGCACUCCUCAUGCUACAAAUGCCCAUAUGACUGCAGCUUCUGCACCUUUAACUACUACAACUUCAGUUGCUGCAUCCACAACUGCUAUGUCUAGUCAUACUGGACUUGGGACUAUUGGAACAAAUCUACAGGAUCCUACUAUUCCUAGUAAUUCAAGAAAAGUAAAGAAUCCUCCAAGAUCAGUUGUCAAAGGGAGAAAAAAGUCAAAAAGGCUAUCUAAUGGAAUGAAUGCACAACCAAAGAGGAGGAACCAGUGCAGCAUUUUUCACUCUGAUAAGCACACAGCUCCCAAGUGUCCGAAUAAAAUAGAAAAAAGAGUUCUAAAUGCAGAAAUGUAG